AUGGACGAUCGCUAUCGCAUCGUCAAGACCGUCACUCCCGGCGGUGGCAUGGCUUCCAGCGACAUGCACGAGUUCAUGCCCAUCAACGACGGCAAGACCGCGCUGAUGACCGUCUACCAGCAACGACAGUUCGACAUGAGCCUCUGGAACGUCAAGACCGGCAUGGGCUGGCUGAUGGAGAGCAUCUUCCAGGAGGUUGACGUCGAAACCAACGAGGUCCUGUUCGAAUGGAAGUCGCUCGACCACGUCGACCCGUCCGCCAGCUACACCUACCCGCACCACACCGACACCUCGGGCACCGGCUUGGAGCCGCGCUCGCCGUGGGACUACUUCCACAUUAACUCCAUCGACAAGAACGCGCACGGCGACUACCUGAUCUCGUCGCGCCACACGUGCGCCAUCUACAAGAUCUCAGGCGUAGACGGGUCGAUCAUCUGGCAGCUCCACGGGGCGAAGCCGUCCUUCAAGAACAUCAACUUCAGCUUCUCCCAGCAGCACGAUGCGCGAUGGCUGCACGAGAACGGCACCCACACGCUGCUGUCGCUAUACAAUAACGGCUACAACGGCUUCAACCGGACGCACGCGUACUCGUCCGGCAUGAUCAUCCUCAUCGACCAUGUGGCGGGCACGGCGACCCAGCUGCACGACUACGCGCCGCCCGGCAAGGACAUGAUCAGCUCCAGUCAGGGCAACAUGCAGGUGCUGCCGAACCGCCACGUGUUCAUGGGCUGGGGCAACAACGCUUAUGUGUCAGAGCACGAUGCGAACGGCGAGCUACUACUCUGGGGCUACAUCGACAAGGGCAGUAUCAUGAACUACCGCGCCCAGAAGUUCAAGUGGGAUGCCACGCCCACGGACGUACCGGCCUUGUGGACGUAUGCGCGGACGACAGAUCCGCAAUCGUCGACGACCUUCUACGUCAGCUGGAACGGGGCCACGCGCGUGCGCUACUGGCGGUUCUACGGGGCCUGGAACAACACAGGGCCGUACAGUGUGCUCGAUGAGGUGCCCAAGAAGGGGUUCGAGACGGUCUAUACGUGGCCGCACUUCUACCAGUGGACGUACGCUGAAGCCGUCGACCUCGAGGGGAAGGUGCUGGCCAAGUCGCGGAACAAGUUUACCUUUACGCCGUCGCCGGAGCUGCAGGGCUACUGUACCGACCAAGGGUGCGAGAACGCUGUGGCGUACGGUCUCCCUGGCGAAGCCGAGGCGGAACCGUUUAUCCCUCCGCCGGGCAUCAACACGGUGCCGUGGAUUGACCCUGAGCAUCCAGAGGCACACUUUGACUGGGGACAGGUGGGCGGCCCGGAGACGGCGCUGGAGAGUGCGACGGGGGCGUUGGAGGACGCGUAUCAUACCGGCUGGGUGGCGCCCGUCGCGGGGGCGAUUGUGGCGAUUGUUGACGACUUUGCAUACCUGAACACGUACUACUCCAUUAGUACUCUUGGUCAGCGGCAUGGAUAUACGCCGAGCUCGGUGCCCAUCCGCAUUCCUGUGGAUAUUUCUCCGCCCUCGAUGCCUGUUCCCAAAUCGGCGUCUCAGGGAACCAACCAUCAAUCCUUUUCGGGCUCCUCUUCCACCGUCACGCCCUCGACGAUUGCUCCUGUUCCCUCCGAAACUCCCUCCGCCUCUUCCUCCGCCGUCCCUCUGCCCAAGAAGAAUCGGAAUGCCCGUCACUCCCGGGCGACUUCUUGGACAUCCGGUCACGAUCAAGGCGGCGAACCCUCAACCUCCGAGUUCCCCUCGUCCCAGCAGCGGCGUCGGCGAGAAUCCAACCUCUCCUUAGACGACGUCUCGGAGGGCUCGUCCGGACGCUACGACUACGACGACGACGACGCCCACGACCCCACGGCCAAAAUGGCCCUCCGCAACACCUCCUUCGAACACCACGGGCACGUCCGCAGUCGCUCCCAGAGUCAACCCAUGAUUGCGCCCAUGGGCGAGCGGGAGAUCGCGUCGGCACGGCCGCACCGGCCCGCCCCCGUCACCUGGAUGUCUCUACCCCGGAAGAAACAGCUGGCGCUCCUCGGGCUCUGUCGCGUCUUCGAUUUCCUGCAGAUCGCCUCCUUGCAGGCGUACAUGUUCUACCAGCUGAAGUCCUUCGACGAGACGCUGUCCGACUCUGACGUGUCCACCCAGGCCGGUAUCCUCCAGGGUGCCUUCACCGCGGCCCAGUUCGCGACCGCCAUCCCCUGGGGUCGUGUCGCCGAUGCCGAAUGGGGCGGACGGAAGUUCGUCCUCUUAGUCGGUCUGUUGGGGACCGCCGCCUCGUGUAUCGGCGUCGCCUUCUCCACGUCAUUCGCGCAGGCCGUGUUCUGGCGUUCUUUUGGCGGCGCCAUCAACGGCACGGUGGGCAUCAUCCGGACCAUGAUUGCUGAGAACGUCAAGGAAAAGAAGUAUCACUCUCGAGCGUUUUUGAUUCUCCCUAUUGGUUUCAAUAUUGCGUCAUUAUUUGGCCCUGUGAUGGGCGGCAUGCUGUCCGAUCCGGUCAAGGCCUACCCCCGCCUGUUCGGUCCCAAUUCCUCUUUUGGCGGCGAGCACGGGGUCGAAUGGCUCAUGCACUAUCCCUACGCAUUGCCUAUGUUGGCAAAUGCCAUCUUCCUCUCGUUCGCUGCGUUCUGUGUGGGUCUGGGGCUGGAAGAGACCCUGGACGCUUGUAAGGGCAAGCCUGGUCUGGGAAUCUUCACGAUGAGACUCUUCGCCCGCGCUAUUCGUGCGCUGGUCCCUUCGUCGUCUCCUCUCUACCAGAGACUGCCAUUCGCGGACUACGAAGAGGAGGGGCCGUUGUUGCGCCACCAUGUCAACGAGAGCUACGAGCUCGAAGAGAAGGCCGCCAAACCGACGCGACACGCCCGCAUCUUGCCCUUCCGGAGACUGUGGACCAAGAAUGUCCUGUGCACGCUGUUGGCCCAGGCUUUCUUUGACUUCCAAAUGGGUGCCUUCAACAACCUGUGGUUGCUGUUCCUGUCGACCCCUCGCUAUGAUCCCAACGACCCAGCGAGUCCCGCGCGCAAUUUGCCUUUUAUCUUCACGGGUGGCCUGGGCAUGCUGCCGCAGAGCGUUGGAUUCGCCACGGCCAUCCUAGGAGUGAUUGGCAUGCUCCUGCAGUUUACCAUCUACCCCACGAUCAACGGACGACUGGGCACGGCCAAGAGCUACCAGUACUUCCUCACCCUCUUCCCGCUGGCCUACGCAUUUGCGCCGUACAUUGCCCUCGCACCAUCCAGCACACCGCCCCCCGGACAGGCCAAUGGCUUCUGGGUGUGGUUCUCCAUCAUUGUCGUCCUGUUCCUGCAGGUCACAGCGCGAACCUUCACGCUGCCGACCUCGAUCAUUCUGCUCAACAACUGCUCGCCCCACCCCUCGGUGCUGGGGACAAUCCACGGCAUCGGUCAGUCGGUCUCCUCGGCGUUUCGGACCAUUGGCCCAAUCUUCUCGGGUGCGUGGUAUGGCACCGGUCUGGAGAUGGGCGUGGUCGGCUUUGCGUGGUGGCUGAUCGCGCUUGUGUCGGUGUUUGGCUGCGUCGCCGCCAUCUUCGUCUACGAAGGAUCGGGUCACGAGAUUUUCCUCCCCGGAGAGGAAGAAGAAUUUCACUGA